AUGGAGAUGGGGCGGGGAAAGAGGACUUCGGAGAAGAUAGCGGCCGAUUUCGUGAUGGGCGGCGCCGCCGCGGCGGUGGCGAAGACCGGGGCGGCGCCGAUUGAGCGGGUGAAGCUGCUGCUGCAGAACCAGGGGGAGAUGCUGAAGAGAGGGCAUCUGAACAGGCCGUACCAAGGGAUCAGGGAUUGCUUCGGGAGGGUCCUGAAAGAAGAAGGGGUGUUGUCUCUGUGGAGGGGGAACCAGGCCAAUGUCAUCCGGUACUUCCCAACCCAGGUGAUCUAAUAGUAUGAUUUUAUUUCUCUCUUUGCUUCCUGUAGGAUUUAUUACCAGGGAUCAUGAAUUCGUUCCAACCAUUUUUGAAAAAAAUUGAAAGGAUGAUAUCCUGCUAUCUGAAAAGGCGAAUAAAACAAUUGAUGCGGUACAUGACAAAAAGAUUACCUUGGUUGGAGUUUCUUCUGCUUUUUGUAUUACCUUAUGAAGGUCAAUUUGAAAAUAAUGAGAUUCCCUGGAAGAAUCAAUCUCAAUUUGACCUGAAAAUUCUCUAUGUUCUUAGGGGAUAAGGAAGGAAAACUAAAAUAAGGUUUAUGUUUGUCUUGGUAGAUGAUUGAAUGCGGCACCAAUAGGAGUGAACUUGUCUAUGUCAGUCUGCAUAAUUUUUUACGCAUAGAUAGCUUACUGAAUGCUAUUCUUUUGGGGCUUAUGACUGUAAAACCCAACCUCCGGAGACUAAUUCAUCAUCUGUUGAGUCUCAUUUUAUUACCGAUUAGCUAAUCGAAACAGUCUUCGAGGGUCGGCAGUAUCUCAUCAGCUCGCCCUCGAUGAUUCAUUCAGUGAUAGUUUUUCAUAUAUCAAAUUUAUAUAAGUAUGCCAGCGCGAGUUCAUGGUGAGUUUCGCAGGCCAAGAAAGGAAAAGAGUCAACUUGAAGCUGAAUCCGAAAUCUUAUUUGCAGCAGUCAACAGAUUUCCAAGUAGUUGUCUGGAGUUUCAGGCUCUGGGUCGAACUGAAAGGGCAUAAUUUUGCGUCUUUCCUGGCUAGCAGAUUAGUGACUAAACUACAGUUUCUACAUGAUGCAUUCUUCUCAUAUAAUUUAUCCGAUAGCAAAGUCUAUGCCACGCAUUUACCCAUUCAUUGCGCACUUGUUAUACUAUUUGAGGAUAUUACUUGCAUUGCAAUGCUGAAGUUCCUGACAGAUUUGUUCUGACCCUCGUUGACUUGUGAGCAGGCAUUCAACUUUGCGUUCAAGAACUACUUUCGUGGCCUAUUUGGCCAAUCAAAGGAAAAGGAUGGAUAUGCCCGAUGGUUAGCAGGCAACAUAGCUUCUGGUAGCGCUGCAGGGGCAACAACCUCGCUGCUUUUGUAUCACUUGGAGUAUGCUCGAACACGGCUGGGCACGGACGCGGUGGAUUGUCGGAUCAAGAGUCAACGGCAAUUCAAAGGCCUUCUAGAUGUUUACAAGAAGACCCUGGCCAGUGAUGGAAUUGCUGGCUUAUACCGGGGUUUUGGGGUUUCAAUGACGGGCAUCACCUUAUAUCGGGGUCUAUAUUUUGGCAUCUAUGACACACUGAAGCCUAUCAUUCUUACUGGUCCAUUAGAGGUGAGUAUGGAGUUUUAAAAAUAAUAAUUACAUUCUUAUGUUCAUCUGAAGUAAUUAUUGUCUUCUUUUGUUUUUCGUUGCUCUACUUCUCAUGCAAAUGAUCUCAUAAGGUUGUUCUUUCUCCCUCAUUUAUCCACCUAUCUUGUAAUGUGGCGUUGGACAGGUAUUAAUUUAUGAACAUUAUAUAGAAAAUGGAAUCCUGCAGGUCCAUUCCGCAAUGUGCUGCCGAAUUCAAUUGAGAAAUGCAUUUUUUUUUAAAAAAAAGAAGGAUCCAGAGUCACCAUUUGCCAGUACAGACCACCUUUUUGUUCCAAAUCGCUACCUGCCUCCCUGUUAACUUGUUCUUGCUUCUGGAAAGCUGAAGAACAUGCCUUUGCAAGUUAGAUUCAGGUGUUAAGCAGUGUGUCUAACAGUGGCCUCAUUUUUUCUUCCAGGGAAACUUUUUAUUCAGCUUCAUGCUCGGAUGGAGUGUGACGACCUUCUCAGGGAUGUGUGCCUACCCAUUCGACACAGUGCGCCGGAGGAUGAUGCUGACUUCAGGCCAGUGUGUGAAGUACCAGAAUGGUCUCCAGGCCUUCAAGCACAUUGUACGCCACGAGGGUCUCCUCGCACUGUUCAGGGGACUGACAGCCAACAUGCUUUCGGGAAUGGCAGGGGCAGGGGUCCUUGCAGGCUAUGAUCAGCUGCAACGAAUUGCCUCUACUCAUGGCUAUGGCUUUGGACACCAAUUGAGAGGAAGUUUGAAGUGA